UAUAUGCAGCCCGCACAUGGGUGUGUUGGGGAAAAGCAAAAAGAACCAAGCCCUCGGGUCGGAAAGACUUGGCUUGGCUUGCGAGGAAGAAAGAGAGAGAGAGGAUAAAACUCUGCAGAUGGUAGGCUCACUGGAAGGAAGCUCUGCCGACAAUAGGCUCACUGAAAGGAAGCUCUGCAAUUUCUGCUGUUUUUCCAGCUGCGAGAUUGGAUGUAUAUGCAGCCCGCACAUGGGUGUGUUGGGGGAAGGCGAAAAGAACCAAGCCCUCGGGUCAGAAAGACUUGGUUUGGCUUGCGAGGAAGAAAGAGAGAGAGAGAGGAUAAAACUCUGCCGACAGUAGGCUUCGCUGGAAGGAAGCUCUGCAGACAGCAGGCUCACUGGAAGGAAGCUCUGCAAAAAGAGAGAGAGAGAGAGAGGAUAAAACUCUGCACAGUAGGGUCACUGGAAGGAAGCUCUGCAAUUUCUCCUGUUUUUCCAGGUAAGUGGGCUGCGAGAUUGGAUGUAUAUGCAGCCCGCACAUGGGUGUGUUGGGGGGCAGGCGAAAAGAACCAAGCCCUCGGGUCAGAAAGACUUGGUUUGGCUUGCGAGGAAGAAAGAGAGAGAGAGAGAGGAUAAAACUCUGCCGACAGUAGGCUUCGCUGGAAGGAAGCUCUGCAGACAGCAGGCUCACUGGAAGGAAGCUCUGCAAAAAAAGAGAGAGAGAGGAUAAAACUCUGCAGACAGUAGGGUCACUGGAAGGAAGCUCUGCAAUUUCUCCUGUUUUUCCAAGCAAGUGGGCUGCGAGAUUGGAUGUAUAUGCAGCCAUGUAUAUGCAGCCCGCACACGGGUGUGUUGGGGGGAAGGCGAAAAGAACCAAGCCCUCGGGUCAGAAAGACUUGGUUUGGCUUGCGAGGAAGAAAGAGAGAGAGAGAGGAUAAAACUCUGCCGACAAUAGGCUUCGCUGGAAGGAAGCUCUGCAGACAGCAGGCUCACUGGAAGGAAGCUCUGCAAAAAGAGAGAGAGAGAGGAUAAAACUCUGCAGACAGUAGGGUCACUGGAAGGAAGCUCUGCAAUUUCUCCUGUUUUUCCAAGCAAGUGGGCUGCGAGAUUGGAUGUAUAUGCAGCCAUGUAUAUGCAGCCCGCACGUGGGUGUGUUGGGGGGAAGGCGAAAAGAACCAAGCCCUCGGGUCAGAAAGACUUGGUUUGGCUUGCGAGGAAGAAAGAGAGAGAGAGAGGAUAAAACUCUGCCGACAGUAGGCUUCGCUGGAAGGAAGCUCUGCAGACAGCAGGCUCACUGGAAGGAAGCUCUGCAAAAAGAGAGAGAGAGAGGAUAAAACUCUGCAGACAGUAGGGUCACUGGAAGGAAGCUCUGCAAUUUCUCCUGUUUUUCCAGGCAAGUGGGCUGCGAGAUUGGAUGUAUAUGCAGCCAUGUAUAUGCAGCCCGCACAUAGGUGUGUUGGGGGAAGGCGAAAAGAACCAAGCCUUCGGGUCAGAAAGACUUGGCUUGGCUUGCGAGGAAGAGAAAGAGAGAGGAUAAAACUCUGUCGACAGUAGGUUUCGCUGGAAGGAAGCUCUGCAGACAGUAGGCCCACUGGAAGGAAGCUCUGCAAUUUUUCCUGAGGCAAGUGGGCUGCGAGAUUGAGAUUGGAUGUAUAUGCAGCCCGCACCUUGGCUUGCGAGGAAGAGAGAGAGAGGAUAAAACAGGAUCACUGGAAGGAAGCUCUGCCCCCAGUAGGCUGGCUGAAGGAAGCUAAAACGCGCCUGAGAACAAAAGGCGGUGAGAUUGGUCCAGAUAUGGUGGUGCGUUCCAUUAACACCGACGGUGGAAUUUCCGGUGUCCAUGUUGUGGCCAUGCCAUACCCAGGUCAGGGCCACAUCAACCCCAUGAUGAACCUCUGCAAGCGGCUAGCGUCCUUUGGCGACCUCCUCAUCACCUUCGUCGUCACCGAGGAGUGGCUCAGCUUUAUCCUCUCCUCCGCCGGCUCCGCCACCCCACCACCAAACCUCCGCCUCCGCUCCCUUCCCAACGUCACACCCUCGGAGAGGGCACGGGCAGACGAUUUCCCCGCCUUCAUUGAGGCCGUCUACACCAAGAUGGAGGAGCCCUUCGAGCGGCUGCUGGACCAGCUCGAGCCGGCGGUCUCAGCGAUUGUGGCCGAUUCAUACCUCCCUUGGGCAGUCGCUGUGGGCAACCGGAGGGACAUCCCGGUGGCUUCUCUGUGGCCAAUGGCAGCGUCCGUCUUCUCCAUGUUGUACAACUCGGACGUGGUGGCGGAGCACCACCCUUUCCCCAUACCCAUCUCAGAGGUUGGAGAAGAGUAUGUUGAUUACAUUCCAGGGGUCCCCAGAAUUCGCCUGGCCGACCUUCCCACAUUGUUCCAUUCGAGCACGGGAGUCGACCGCAUGCGCUGGUUCAAAGAGAGUUUCAAGAUGGUGCCGAAAGCAACAUGGCUGCUGCUGAAUUCGUGCGACGAACUGGAGGCCUCCGCCGUCGACGCCAUACGGUCGCUCUUGCCCUCCGGAGUCCACCCCAUCCGCCCCUUCACACUCCCACCAAGUCCGUCCCAAGGGAAGGCAGGCUUCGUCGCCAGUUACAGGGCCGAGGUCGACUGCUCCGCCUGGCUCGACGGUCACCCUCCCAACUCCGUCCUCUACGUCUCGCUGGGCAGCUUCAUGUCGGUCUCCGCCCCUCAGAUGGUGGAGAUAGCGUUCGGCCUCCGAGCAAGCGGGAGCCCCUUUCUGUGGAUCGUGCGCGAGCAGGAGUGGCUGGCGAAGGAGGAUUUUGACGGCAAGGGCCUGGUGGUGUCCUGGUGCAGCCAAAUGAAAGUCCUCUCUCAUCCCUCCAUCGGCGGCUUCUUCUCCCACUGCGGUUGGAACUCCACCACGGAGGGCAUAUCUGCCGGCGUGCCCUUCCUCGCUUUCCCGAUUGCGGUAGACCAAACUUGCAACAGCAAGAUGAUAGUGGAGGAUUGGAAGAUCGGGCUGAGGGUUAGAGGGAGCAACAUGGACGGCAGCGGCGACAAUGAGUUGGUAGGGAGGGAGAAAAUAGCGGAGAUAGUAAAGAAGGUGAUGGAUUUGAAUAGGAAGAGCAGCAAGGAAAUGAGAAGGAGAUGCAAGGAGCUCGGGGAAGCAUUGAACAGGGCAGGCCAGAGAGGUGGCUCUUCGGAUGCCUCCUUUAAUUCGUUCCUCAACCAAGUCAAGGCCAAGGGACGCGCGGCCGAUCUUUGUCUUCCUGUCUGAUGUAUUUAAAAAAGAUCAAUGCAGGUUGUCCAGAAACAGGUCUAAACCAGAGCAGGAUUUGAGGAAUUUCUUGAAAAGGUGAACAGCCAAUGUUUUCUACUUUUCUGUAAUAGAAUUGUCCUUCACCUC